AUGGCUCCGCUACUUGGAAACGACUCCCCUGCCGUGGAGUAUACCACGAAAGACUCAACCAAGACGGCAGAGACCAAAAAAGCUCAAGACAACAACAACACUCCCGCCACCAGCAGCACCUCCAAUGCCUUGCAAGCGCUCAGUCAAGGCGUCACCCUCCCCGGCCGGCCGGUGUUUUCAGACCACGAGAAAGCCAGAGCGCACAUGUUGGAGCAUAUGGCGGGGGCAUUCCGAGUGUUGGCGCGACACAACUGCGUUGAAGGGCUGAGCGGUCACAUUUCCCUUAGAGAUCCCGAGAACCCGCAUGUCUUCUGGACGAACCCUCUAGGAGUCCACUUCGCUCUCCUCAAGCCCGAAGACAUGGUUCUACUCAACGAAGACGGUGGCGUCGUCGGCGGCAACACCAAACACCCAGCCAACGCAGCCGGCUUCCUCAUCCACCGAGCCCUGCACAUGGCCCGAGCGGACGUCAACGCCGCAUGCCACUUCCACUCGCCGCACGGCAAAGCAUGGUCAACGUUCGCCCAGCCGCUGGAGAUGCUCAAUCAGGAUGUCACCAUGUUCUACGGCGAAGCGCAAGCCGUGUACGGUGAGUUUGGCGGUGUGGUGCUCAAGGAGGAAGAAUCGCUGGCCCUGGCCAAUGCACUUGGUCCCAAGGGCAAGGGCAUGAUCCUGCGGAACCAUGGCCUGCUCACCGUUGGCAGCACCGUUGACGAAGCGGCAUAUCUGUUCAUGUUGAUGGAGCGGAGUUGCCAGAUCCAAUUGGAGGCCGACGCCGCCGCGGCUUCUGGGCGGAAGAAGGUCUAUGUUGAUGAUGAAGCUGCCAAGUUUACCUUUGAGAUGACUAGUGACCCGGACAGCUUGUACGCCGAGUUCCAGCCAUACCUCCAGUAUGAGGCGGCACUGUCGGCACGGGGACUCGCUCCAUGA